UCAUGGGCCGGGAAUUCAGCCGGGUUUAAACAACCAUGAGAGGAACAAGAGGCUAUCUUGCUCCUGAAUGGAUUUCAGGGGUGGCAAUCCCGUCAAAAGCUGAUGUCUACAGCUAUGGGAUGAUGGUUUUCGAGAUCAUGUCAGGAAGGAGAAAUUCUGUGAACUUGGAAGUUGGGGAAACGGUGUUUUUCCCUAUUUGGGCUGUGAGGAAAAUCAUGAGCAGUGAAAUCCAUUGCUUGUUGGAUUACAGAUUGGAGGGAAAUGCAAACAUGGAAGAGCUUGGUCGAGCUUGCAGAGUGGCAGGCUGGUGCAUUCAGGACAACGAGAAUGACGGGCUAUCGAUGGGGCAGAUUGUUCAAAUCUUGGAGGGUGUUUUGGAGGUGAAUGUGCUGCCGGUACCAAGAUCACUUCAGAUUCUUGCUGAAAAUCAGUCGGAAAAUCAGACCAUGGUUAUCUUCUCUGAGUCUUCGUGUAUCAGGGGCUAA